UGGGGCCUUGCCUUGUCGAUCUGUGGGUUAGAACUUGACGGCUUGGUUAAUGGUUUGGUAGAGGUUCUGAUUUUUAUUACUGUUGUGUCAAAUGUUGGUGAAUGUUGCGAGUUCUUGAUUGUUAUUUUUCUUAUUGCAUUAUAUCUCCAAACUUUUGUUGUAAAGUUGGAUAACCUUUUAUGGUAGUUCACCUUUUCAUUUUGUUUAAGACCUUGGAAAUUGUAUUUUCCUACCAUGUUAAUGGGGGCUGAUUGAUAUGAAGCUGCAUUGUUUGAGAAGAGCUAUUAUCAAGUUACUAUUUAAGUCCCCUGGACUUUUCCCGAACAUGGUUUCUGUCCCUCUUUUCCAAGGCACUAAGCCAAUAAUCAUUCGGUAACAUGAAAGAAAGGGAAUAUAUAAAAUGCCACAAAACUUUAAAGCAUCCAGCAACCCAUUAGGAUAAACAUUAAAUCUUAUUGGACUUAAAAAACUGUCAUGUCAACAUAGGUAAGGGGUCCCUGUAGGACCAACCAAGACACCCUACUCAAGAUGUAGUUAGUUGUGUCUUUAAACACUGCCUGGAAGAAUGCAGCUGUAUGGCUGACUUUGAAGCCAAUUUUCUGAAUCCCCACAAGGGUGUGUGUACAAGCACUAAUAGCAUUCUAUGAUCACCUUCUCUGGACCACUCUUUUUAUGCAUCAUAGCUAAAGAAUCUGUUUGUUUCUCAAGUUACACACUGGUCAUGCAUGUGCACCUCUAUUAUUGUUUAGUUCUUCUCCGAAUUCUAUCCAUGAACUGGACUCAGCCCCACCCCUUUUCGAGGAUUAGGCUGAAAUAUGUCCUCCCAAGGGAUGGGCUUCAUUAUUGUUUUCAAUUAUUUAGGAGGAUGAAGGGGUGUUUGGAAGCAUGUUUUGCGUGAUUUCUCAAAGUAUAAUACACUAUACAAAUGCCGCCUUGGGAAUAUGUUGUUGUCGCUGUUUAUGCCACACCCCUUUUAUGCAACAAGACAUGUUAUAGUUAAUAUGACGAGGCUGGUGAACUAUCAUUCAAUGAACAUGUAAUGUGUUUGUGUUUAGUGCUGCUAAUCUGUUGAAUUUCUUCCUUAGCCUUUUGGAUGUUAUCUCUUGCAGGUAACCAACUAAAGCAUAUUGUAAUUUGUAACUAUCUCUUUUACAUCUAUAUGCACCCUUGGUUCUUAAGUAACUGGUUUUCAAGGUAUAGAAUUGAGCAAGUUUGAUUGGUUGGAAACAUGUCUCUCAGGGGCUCAGUGGGGCAGGUUUAACAUAAACACCAUAGAUUCAAAGUGACAGAUUUAAGUAGGGAGGCAGAUAUUACCAAAACGUUGCAUAAGAAUGGAUGCUGACAUUGAGGCAGAUUCUUCUAACUGUGGGCGACCCCAAUGCAGAGCUGGCCUAUUUUGUUCUCCUCUUUUGUUGUUCUUCAAUGAAAGGAUGCAUUCCAGCGUAGGCCUCAGUUGAUCCACAAAAAGACUCUGCACUCUAGAGGUAGCGGUCAUUUUAUGAGCUUGAGGUUUGAACUCAUUUUAAGGGAAGCAAGUGUGAUGAAAUUUAUGACAAGUCAUGUGUCGUGGCAACUUAGACAUUGGGUCCUAACAUGUGGCUGAUACAACGAACAUUAAAACGAUGUUUCCCACUGUGGCGAAAGCGUAAUACUUGCUUUCUUGUGGUAAAAAAAAGAAUAACAAUAAAUAUAUAAUGUAAACUCUCUAAUUGACCUCAAUUAACUGCUUGUGAACGAAGUUUUCUUGUUUACUGCAUUCUUUUCUUGAAGGCUACUAUUUCAGGGCAAUGCUGCACUUUGAUUCUUUGGUAUGAACAGUAAAUUACUGGAGUGCAGUGAAAGAAAACCGUAAGUGAUGACCAUUUGGGCCAAAGGUAAAAGUAAAAGAUGCCUCUUCCCAUUUGGUUAGUCUCCUUGUGCCAAGUCAGAACAUUUUCAAAUGUUCAUUGAAGGAAUGCAGUCUUUGGGAAUGAACCAGUUGCUUAAAGAAGUUUGAUUCCUUUUCUAUUGGUUGGUUUUUGUUUCUUACCUUUUUCAUCUGAUGCAAUGAUUAUUUAGGAAGAAGGGAUGAUAGCAUGGUGUAAAAAGCAUUGAGUAAUGAAACAGUUGAGUUUCUUAUCCCUAUUUUUAGCAGGAUCUUGAAUGGUCUCAAAAAAAAUACACACAUACGACCUCUGUAUACUUUAUUGUGGAUAAAGACAGACGUAUCCAAGCAAGGAAUCCAAGAGAGGCAAAAGCCAAAGGAUUCCAGAAGCCGAAUUAGAGAAGGGGAUAAGAAAGGAACUUGGUUUCUUUAAUGGGAUCUCCAUUAUUUACUUGGGUUUGUAUGAAUACAUUAAUGCCAUGCUUCCAGUUGGUGGCCUGACAUAGUGGGACACAUCUUGGUUGCUUUCUUCUUACAUAGGCAGGGGCAGUUGUCAGCUUGGCAGACACAUUUUGAAUUUUAAUCUCCCAUAAGAGCAUCAUGAAUAAAGACUAUAUGUUGAGGAUGAAGCCUAAGGUCAUUGGUGUUUCAUCGCCUGGUGGAGGGUGGGAGAUGAGGCCAGGAGGAAUGUUGGUUCAGAAGAGGAAUUCAGAUGCUAAUCUGAAUUCCAACACAGUUCCAACCAUCAGAGUCAAUGUGAAGUAUGGCUCGUCGUACCAUGAAGUGAUCAUCAGUUCUCAAGCCAGUUUUGGGGAAUUGAAGAAAAUCCUGGCAGGAAGAACAGGACUAAACACACAAGACCAGAAACUGGUGUUCAAAGAAAAGGAGAGGGAUUCGAAGGACUUUCUGGAUUUCUGCGGGGUUAAAAAUGGAUCGAAAAUAGUGUUGAUGGAAGAUGAAGUGAGCAUGCAGAGACGUUGGGCCGAGGCCAAAAUGGAGAAGGCAUUAGAGGACAUUGCAGCCAUCAGAUUUGAAGUAGACAAUCUAGCCAAACAUGUGGCAUCUGCUGAAGUGGAGAUUAAUGGUGGGAAGAAAGUUGUGGAGACAGUUCUGUUAAACCUGAUUGAGCAGCUGAUGACACAGCUGAUAAAGCUCGAUGGCAUUGCUGCCGAUGGAGACGUUAAGAUGCAGAGGAGAAUGCAGGUGAAGAGGGUGCAAAAGUAUAUCGAGAUUCUUGACGUGCUAAAGUUGAGGAAUUCUGGGCUGGGGAAAACGCCAUUGCAGCAGUUCCGGACGCCGAAAAGUUUCCAGAAACAAAAAGAACAGAGGCAGCAAGGUAGUUUUGUUGAUCCAGGGAAAGUAGUGGUGACAACAAAAUGGGAAACAUUUUGAACAAUGCUAGAGAUGAACUUUUGCUUCUCAGUUCAAGAAGUUUGCUGUGGUAAUAUCAAAUUUCAUCCCACUCGAUAUAUAUAUGUAUACACAUAUAUGCAUUGAAUUGUUAUUUAUGCACAUAUGGCUAUGAUCAUGAAAAAUUGAAUUGGUUUAUAGCAGAUAAAAAGUAUAUAUUUACUGUUUUAUGUAAAAUUUUGGAAUAUGUAAGAUUGGGUCCUCUUUAUUCCAGUUUCCAUUUGUGUAUAUAUAUUAUAAUUUGGAGCUAAGUACAGUAUGUUUUCAUUCAUUCAUUCAUUGUUGUAAGAAUGAAUAAUGGAAGACUAUUUAUGCCAAA